AUGCCGACAGAACAUACAUGCAAAUCUGAUGCUAUAUCAUUUGAACAACGAAAGUUUGAUGAAAGAAUUGCUCAUCGUGCUCGUUUUACACAAGAAGCAUCAGAUUUAAUUGUUACUGACUGUUACAAAAGCAAUGAAAGAAUAUUGAUAUUUGCUAGUACUGAGCAAUUUAAUAUUUUACAAUCAACUACUGAUUUUCUUAUUAACGGGACCUUUAAAGUCGUCCCGGUGAUCUUUUAUCAACGUUAUAUAAUUCACGCAAUAUAUCGUGGUCAUGUUGUACCUGUUGCAUAUGUAUUAUUACGACGAAAAAAUGGUGCAACAUAUAAUGAUUUAGUUGAUAGAGUGCUUGAAUUUGCUCCACAUUGGACUCCUGAUUCAAUUAUGCUUGAUUUUGAGCAAGCGUGCAUAGGUGCUUACGAUACAAGUUUUCCAGAUGCUUUAUUAUCUGACUGCUACUUUCACUUUCGACAAAAUCUCCACCGAAAGCUGCAGUCACUUGGCCAUCAAAAUAAAUACAAUGAUGAUUCAGUAUUUGCUCAUAAUAUACACAAAUUAGCUGCAUUAGCUUUUCUCAAACCCGACGAUGUCGUAAAAGGUUUUGAAGCGUUGUCAUUAACUCUUGAUGAUGAUGAUUAUCAAAAUGGCUAUGUUUUAGGACGAUUACGAGCAAAUCUUAUACGAAGAAAACUCACAUUCAGUAUUGAAUUCUGGAAUAUGUACAACCGGACCAUGCAUUCUUUAAUGAGAACAAAUAAUGCAGCUGAAGCAUAUCAUCGACGAAUAGGAUCAAUAUUCCAAUGUGCUCAUCCAACAUUGUGGGUAUUCCUUCAAAAAUUAAUCGACGAAGAAAAUGCUACACAUGCUGAUAUCGUACAAAUACGAGCAGGACAACCUCCAAAAAUCACGAGAAAUAGUGAACGUUUCGAAAAACGAUUAAUAAAUCCUAUCUCAAAUCCUCAUCAAGAUAUUUUAACUCAAAUUGAUUCAUUAGCACAUAAUAUUUCAUUGUAA